GGGAGGCUGCUGAGCUGUGGGGUUUAGGCGCGCGCGCGCGGCGGCGGGAACGCGCCCCAGCAACCAUGGCGUUUCCCGGGACCGAGCGAGUGAAAUAGACCCGGGAGGGGGCCAGAGGGGCGGGGCGGGGAGAGAGAGAGGCAGGCAGGGAGAGGCUGGGGCCGGGCAGCGCCGAGUGGGGCCGGGGCCCAUGAGGAGUCCCGGGGACCAUGGGCUCCAGGAUCAGGCAAAAUCCGGAGACUACAUUUGAAGUGUAUGUUGAAGUGACCUCCCCCGGGACAAGAGGCCCUCUUUCAGGUUGUACCUUUGGAAGCUACACAUUUUCCUUGAGUCCUGAGGUGCAGAGGCAAUUCCCAGAGGACUACAGUGACCAGGAAGUUCUACAGACUUUGACCAAGUUUUGUUUCCCCUUCUGUGUGGACAGCCUUACAGUGAGCCAAGUUGGCCAGAACUUCACAUUUGUGCUUACUGACAUUGACAGCAAACAGAGGUUUGGCUUCUGCCGCUUAUCUUCAGGAGCUAAGAGCUGCUUCUGCAUCUUAAGCUAUCUCCCCUGGUUUGAAGUUUUUUAUAAACUACUCAACAUCUUGGCGGAUUACACAGCAAAAGGACAGGAGAGUCAAAGGAAUGAGCUGCUCGAAACACUUUACAAACUUCCCAUCCCUGACCCAGGAGUAUCUGUCCAUCUCAGUGUGCACUCUUACUUUACUGUGCCUGACACAAGAGAACUUCCCAGCAUACCUGAAAAUAGAAAUCUGACUGAAUAUUUUGUGGCCGUGGAUGUCAACAACAUGCUGCACCUCUAUGCCAGUAUGUUAUAUGAACGACGAAUCCUCAUCAGCAGCAGCAAGCUGAGCACUUUAACUGCCUGUAUCCAUGGGUCUGCCGCUAUGCUCUACCCGAUGUUCUGGCAACAUGUUUACAUCCCAGUUUUGCCCCCACAUCUGUUAGACUACUGCUGUGCUCCCAUGCCCUACCUCAUAGGAAUACAUUUAAGUCUAAUGGAGAAAGUAAGGACUAUGGCCCUGGAAGAUGUUGUGAUUCUGAAUGUGGAUACUAACACUCUGGAAACUCCUUUUGAUGAUCUUCAAAGUCUCCCAAAUGAUGUGGUUUCUUCAUUAAAGAACAGGCUAAAGAAGGUCUCUACCACAACUGGAGAUGGUGUUGCCAGAGCCUUUCUAAAAGCACAGGCUGCUUUUUUUGGAAGUUACAGGAAUGCAUUGAAGAUUGAACCUGAGGAACCAAUAACAUUUUCUGAAGAAACUUUUGUGUCCCAUCGAUCCAGUGCCAUGAGGCAAUUCCUUCAGAAUGCCAUACAACUUCAACUGUUUAAACAGUUUAUUGAUGGUCGCUUGGAUCUUCUCAAUUCUGGAGAAGGCUUCAGUGAUGUCUUUGAAGAAGAGAUCAAUAUGGGAGAGUAUGCUGGGAGUGAUAAACUAUAUCACCAGUGGCUCUCUACUGUGAGGAAAGGAAGUGGAGCAAUUUUGAAUACUGUCAAAACCAAGGCUAACCCUGCUAUGAAGACUGUCUAUAAGUUUGCAAAAGAUCAUGCAAAACUGGGAAUAAAAGAGGUGAAAAACCGCUUGAAGCAAAAGGAUAUUGCUGAGAAUGGUUGUAGCCCAGCCACAGAAGAUCCCAUGCCAAAGGCUGCUCCUUCACCAUUGGCUGAAACAAAGGAUUCCAAACUCCGAGAAGACAGGAGGCCCAUCACCGUGCACUUUGGGCAGCUUCAAAGACCUUGUCUUCCUCGGCCUCCUCCUCCAAAGAUACAGCGCUGGGCGCAGCCCGUCCGCCCCCCAAGACCUCAAGUUGUCAAGCGACCAAAGAGUAAUGUCACCAUGGAAGGUCGAAGAACUUCAGUUUCAAGCCCUGACCACCUGGUAAAGCCCUUGCGACACUAUACAGUCUUUCUCUCUGAAGACUCCUCUGAUGAUGAUCAGCGGGAAGAGGAUCCUUUCUCUGGCUAUUCUGACAACUUCUUCUUCUGUACUCCCUUUGAAUGGCCUCUGCCCUACCGGGUCCUGCGAGAGUCAGACAGUGCAGAUGGAGAAGAGGCAGGGAGCCCAGAGAAGCGAGCAAAGGAAGCCCUGGGUCCUCCACCCCCCGCACCUGACAGAAUUGCAGAUAUCAGCCUCCUGGAGGACAUCUUCAGCAGUUUGGAAGUAGAACAGCUGCCUCAGCCCCUGAGCCAAGCAAAGAGCUUAGAAGACCUCAGGCUGCCCAAGGAUCAGGGCGACCAGCCUUGCACAUUUGAUUACCAGAGAAUGGACCUGUGCUCAAGUGAAAGAAGUAGAAUCAUGCCUGGAUUGAAGCUCGCCCAUCCUUACAACAAACUGUGGAGCAUGGGCCAAGAUGACAUGGCCAUUCCUAACAAACAUUCGCAGCCUUCCCCAGAAAGGCCCCUGGCAUCUCUAGGGAGUACCCCCUCUCUGCCUCGGAGACCCCGAAGCCGGGACAGCAUCUUGACCCAUGGAGAGAAAGAGGAAACCCCCACUCCUACACAGGGCAACAUCACCAUCCCCAGACCUCAGGGAAGGAAGACACCAGAGCUGGGCAUUGUACCCCCACCACCUACAGCCCGGCCUGCAAAGCUUCAACCCUUUGUCAUCACUGAACCUGGGAAGACCCCAGGCCUUGGGCCUCCUGACGCCACCUCCGAACUGAUACCAGAGGCAUUUGGGAAUUUGACCCUCUCUAGAAAUAUGGAAUGUCGACCGCCCCUCAGUUAUCUGCCGCCCCCACCAAGGCUUCUCCCUACCCCUAGUAGUGCCACUGAUAUUCUAAAGCCAGUCCGUGUGGUCACAGACCCUGCAGGCUGUGAGAGUGAUUACCUGUUGACUCUCCUAGAUCCUCUAAAAACCAGCUGGCCAGACAGGGCUCCCCCUGCCUCAGUAGCUCCCAAUACAAGUGGUUUUCCCUGCAGUGUGGGUGACUUUACUCCUGCAUCCACCCCCUUUGGGCCCAAGCUGGGCUUCCCUUCAGCUUCAGCUACCACCCCAUUCCUCCAGCCAUCACUCAACCCUUUCACUCAACAUGUGCCAACAGCUCUGCCAGUGUCUAUGACCCAGUGUGUUGGAGGGCCCUUUGCCCCCUCUCCAGCUCCCCUGGGCCAGGCUUUCACUCCCAGCUUUAUGGCAUCCAGCCCUGGCUUUUAUACGCCACAAAGACCUCAGCCCAGCCUCUCAGCUCUCUCCAUGCCUAAUCUGUUUGGCCAGGCUCCCCCAGGGCCACAUGUCAGCUCCUGCCCACCACCAGGCCACGGCCCUGCCCAAGAUGGCCCAAGCCAGCCCAGCCACCUGGGUGGCCCUUCAAAAAUCCGAACGUUGCCCCUAGUGCGCUCCAGCUCAAGGCCAGCCGAGGCCAAACAGGGGUUGAUCCCUCGACCUGGAGACCCUCCGGUGGUUCCUCCCAGGCCUUUCAAUAGCCUAGAGCCAGUAUUACAGUCUUCAGGCCCUAGAGAAACCAGGGAUCCGUUUGAGGAUUUGUUACAGAAGACUAAGCAGGAGAUUGCGCCCACUCAAGGAAAAGUGGAGCAGCUUCGGAAGCGUUGGGAAACUUUUGAGUAAGAUCCAAAGAAGAAUUUGAGGUUGGUAGACAGGGGUGUGUAUUUUUGGAAGGUGUUUGGGGUUUGUCUAAAUCCAACAGUUUUGAAGCAUGAAGGAUUAACUGGCUAUUGUAAAGAAAUAAUACCUUCC